GCCAAUGGGGAAAGAGAGAGGGAAAAGCGGCCGGGAAAUUGGGAUAAAAAGGGAGGCUGCGUCCUCCAAAAAUGUGAGCGAUCCCAGGGGAACGCCCCAUGGUCUCUGCCUUUAUUGGAAUAACGCAGAAAGGACCCCUCUGUCUCCUUUUUGGACAUUAACCCCUGGCGUUCGCGGGUUAAUUUUCCUGACGUGCCCCGUUUGCCGUCAGAGCGCGGGGCUGACUCCCAGUGCUCCCAGUCCCGUCCCAGUGCAUCCCAGGGGAUGCCCCCGGGAGCAGGGACCAUUCGCCUGCCGGCCCCGGGAGCCGCCCCCGGCCGGAGCCUUUUCACUUUCGUUUUUGGAGGCGUUUACGGGAAAUCAGGGGGAAGCGAGGCGGGGGCAGGAGCGAUUUAAGCGGGACCGCCCGGCGCGGAGCCGCUCGUCCCCGCCGUGCCCAGCUCUGUCCCCUCACAGUCUGCGUGCCCACGGCUCAAGUCUGGCUCUUCCUCCCGAGCCCUCGGCUCCUGCUGGGACUCUGGGUGUCCCUCCCCCAGCUGUGCCACCGCUCUCGGUGCCCUGUGGCCACCUGCAGCUCAGCUCGCACCUGGCACUGCCGCUGCCCCCAGCCACCUGCACCAGAAUGAACAUUGAGGAAAACACACAGAAGACAAGAAAGAGUGACAUGGCUCUAAAUAUUGUGAAUGCAGUAACUGCAGUAGCUGCCUGUACGACUGAGAUAUUGCGGGCAAUCGACAAGAUACAGAGCGAGUGCAAGAGGAAAGAGAGGGAGAAGACCAGAAACAACCAAGAAUCCACGACCAAAAAGGACCUGGAAUCCAAGAUAAGCAGGGAAUUCCAGGACCUCGAGAAUAAAAUGGAAGCUCUGAGUAAAGAUUUCCAAAAAUGGGAGGGGUCCACACUGUAUGAUGUUGAGCUCCUCACAAAAGAGGUGGAGAAGAACCAAGGUGAGCAGGGCCCUUGGCACGCAGAGUUUCCCCCAGGAAAGAGAGAGAAGGAAAAGGCACGGGCCCUGGAAUCCAAGUUGAGGAAGAAUAUCCGGCAGCUCUCCCGAAGAGUUGGAACUCUGGAAGAAGAUGUAUGGGAUUGGCCAAUAACAAUGAAGUUUGAGCUUCAGGUUCGCAGGGCAGAGCUGGAGAAGAUCGAAGGAAUGGAUGUGGAUGAUAUAGCAUUAGCCCUGGGAAACAUGUUGCGGAAGAACAAACGGCAGCUUUCUCAAAAAAUUUGGACUCUUGAAGAUGAUAUAAAGGAAUGUAUGGAUACCACGAAGUAUGAGAUUCAGGUUUUCAGAGAAGAGCUGGAGGAGAGGAACCGAGGUCUGAAAGUAAAGGGAAAACCAUUUUCGGAUUGUGCCUUCAUGGCCAAACAGAAUUCCAGUGAGGAACAAAUGAGGAGUGAAGUUCAUGGGCUUUGGAAUUCAGCAUGGAGACGGUCGUCCAGCAGCUUUUUUUUCCUCAAAUUCAAAUAUGAUUCAAGAAUUACAGGAGAGACAGUAAUGCCUGGAGGGGCUGAUCUGGAGCUGAGGCUAGAGCUAAAGGAAUAAAGUGGGUGUUUAUGGAAAGACCUUUGAAGGAUUCACCUUGGGCAGUACACGAGCCCGGCCCUGGUUCCACCCAGGCCGAAUGCAAGAUGGAGGCCGGCCAUGAGUCUUCACGAUUUUAUAAGUGUUGAUCCUUUUACAUAUCGUGGUUAGUUUUCCAAUUACGUCUUCAUUUUAUAAAGUCCUAUCCUCUCAGCUUGCUCUCUUUAAUUCACCGUUGUUUAUGCUUUUUUUGCUUUUUUAUUAAGGCUGUAAUGGCUGUCCUUGGUUCUCAGGCUGGAAAGGGAUUGUUUUGUCUAACUGAAGAGAACUUACUAACACUUUAUAUGAAGUUCAGAAUCACACACUAAGGCAGUACAGAAUCUAAAAAAAUAUGAAAGCUAAAACUUUUAGCAUCAUAGGUGCUGUCCUGAAAGGAAAAUGCCUUUAAAAAGAAAUUAAUUUCCUCUCCACCCCUCCCCUGUGCUCCUCUUAUUGCUGCUCACGGUGUGACAUGGAGUGGAGCAUCCCUUGGGUCAGUCCAGCCCAGCUGUGCCAUCCCUGCUCCCUCAGGGAGCACUCACCCACCCCAAGCCCGUGGGUCGGAGGGGGUCGCAGACACGCUCCUUGGGUUGAGCUCUGUGGCAAGGAGAGAACACAACAUUUCCUCCCAUCAAGGACAGUGGAACAGAACAGCACAGCCCUGGAGAAGUGGAUAAAGGAUGUAGCUGAGGCAAAACGCCAGCAGGAUGCCAGCUCAGCUCUGCAAGGCUGACAAAGCAAAAAUCGUGCAGAACAAUAACUCAAAAGUGGGGGUCGAGGAGCAGCCACCUAAAAAGGACACUGGAUGUUGAAGACAAACCCCAAAGAACCAUAUAAGGACUUGUGAUGAGGGUUACAACUCUGUCAAAUAAGUUCAAAGGAAGUGGGGAUAACUGAUGAAUACAUAAUCAGUGUGUGUGAUAAAAACUCUGUUUGCCUGAUGCCCAGUGCCCACGGCUGGAUGAAGGAUGGAGUGACCACCAUGCUGUAAUAAAGAAUACCUGCUUUCAAAUACUCAAAACUGUCUUCAGAAGUUUCUAUCCAGUGGAUUUUUCAGUAUCAGUGGUGUCCCUGACUCCAUCACGCUCCUCGCACAAUUUCACAAAGGCCCCUUGGUUCCGUGAGGCCUUGGAGUCACCACGGUCUCUUGGAUCUGCACUAUCGCAACGGACAAUUGGUUACAAGAAGCCCCGCUGUGUCCCAAUGAAUAUUUGGUUCCACGGGGCCCCACAGAAUCGCAACGGCCCCUCAGUUCCACGAGGUUUUGUAUUGGUCUCCUUGGUUCCGCAGUGCGAAAAGGGCGGCCUGGUUCCGCAAGGCCCCUGGGUUCCACGAGACUCUGCAGUGUCACGAUGCCCCAGAGUUUCCACCGGCUUCUGUCCCAUCAGCCGUGUCUUUUGUUCCAGUGAGGCUCCUCAGGGUCACAAUGGCCCCUUGGUGCCAUGAGCUUCCAUAGCCUGACACGGCUCCUUGGUUCCAGGAGGUUCUGCUGUGCCACAAUGGCCCCUUGGUUCCACGAGGUUCCAAAAUGCCGCCGUGCCCUCCCGGGAUCUGCACUGUCACAGUGGUCUCCUUGGUUCCAUGGGACCCUGCUGUGUCACAAUAAACCAACCCUUGGUGCCACGAGGUUCUGCGGUGUCACAAGGGUCUCCCUGGACUGGUGAGACCCUGCAGUGUCACAAGGGUCUCCCUGGACUGGUGAGACCCUGCAGUGUCACAAGGGUCUCCCUGGACUGGUGAGACCCUGCAGUGUCACAAGGGUCUCCCUGGACUGGUGAGACCCUGCAGUGUCACAAGGGUCUCCCUGGACUGGUGAGACCCUGCAGUGUCACAAGGGUCUCCCUGGACUGGUGAGACCCUGCAGUGUCACAAGGGUCUCCCUGGACUGGUGAGACCCUGCAGUGUCACAAGGGUCUCCCUGGACUGGUGAGACCCUGCAGUGUCACAAGGGUCUCCCUGGACUGGUGAGACCCUGCAGUGUCACAAGGGUCUCCCUGGACUGGUGAGACCCUGCAGUGUCACAAGGGUCUCCCUGGACUGGUGAGACCCUGCAGUGUCACAAGGGUCUCCCUGGACUGGUGAGACCCUGCAGUGUCACAAGGGUCUCCCUGGACUGGUGAGACCCUGCAGUGUCACAAGGGUCUCCCUGGACUGGUGAGACCCUGCAGUGUCACAAGGGUCUCCCUGGACUGGUGAGACCCUGCAGUGUCACAAGGGUCUCCCUGGACUGGUGAGACCCUGCAGUGUCACAAGGGUCUCCCUGGACUGGUGAGACCCUGCAGUGUCACAAGGGUCUCCCUGGACUGGUGAGACCCUGCAGUGUCACAAGGGUCUCCCUGGACUGGUGAGACCCUGCAGUGUCACAAGGGUCUCCCUGGACUGGUGAGACCCUGCAGUGUCACAAGGGUCUCCCUGGACUGGUGAGACCCUGCAGUGUCACAAGGGUCUCCCUGGACUGGUGAGACCCUGCAGUGUCACAAGGGUCUCCCUGGACUGGUGAGACCCUGCAGUGUCACAAGGGUCUCCCUGGACUGGUGAGACCCUGCAGUGUCACAAGGGUCUCCCUGGACUGGUGAGACCCUGCAGUGUCACAAGGGUCUCCCUGGACUGGUGAGACCCUGCAGUGUCACAAGGGUCUCCCUGGACUGGUGAGACCCUGCAGUGUCACAAGGGUCUCCCUGGACUGGUGAGACCCUGCAGUGUCACAAGGGUCUCCCUGGACUGGUGAGACCCUGCAGUGUCACAAGGGUCUCCCUGGACUGGUGAGACCCUGCAGUGUCACAAGGGUCUCCCUGGACUGGUGAGACCCUGCAGUGUCACAAGGGUCUCCCUGGACUGGUGAGACCCUGCAGUGUCACAAGGGUCUCCCUGGACUGGUGAGACCCUGCAGUGUCACAAGGGUCUCCCUGGACUGGUGAGACCCUGCAGUGUCACAAGGGUCUCCCUGGACUGGUGAGACCCUGCAGUGUCACAAGGGUCUCCCUGGACUGGUGAGACCCUGCAGUGUCACAAGGGUCUCCCUGGACUGGUGAGACCCUGCAGUGUCACAAGGGUCUCCCUGGACUGGUGAGACCCUGCAGUGUCACAAGGGUCUCCCUGGACUGGUGAGACCCUGCAGUGUCACAAGGGUCUCCCUGGACUGGUGAGACCCUGCAGUGUCACAAGGGUCUCCCUGGACUGGUGAGACCCUGCAGUGUCACAAGGGUCUCCCUGGACUGGUGAGACCCUGCAGUGUCACAAGGGUCUCCCUGGACUGGUGAGACCCUGCAGUGUCACAAGGGUCUCCCUGGACUGGUGGGACCCUGCAGUGUCACAAGGGUCUCCUUGGCUCCAUGAGGAUACAAAAGCUUUG